UUGACGAUCAUUUCAAACAAAAGAAUAGUUUUUUGUUACUUUCUUUUUCUAUAUUAUCUCAUCAUUUGAUUUGUUGGAAUUUUUUUUCUGAGAGAGAGAGAGAACGAGAAAAAAAUGGUCGAACUUGAUUAUGAUAAAGUGUUGGAAGAAUUGAUAAGUCAAGCUACAAAUCCAGAUCCUGGUAAUCAAUUUCCAGAUAUUCUUGAACAAUAUCUUCGAACUAUUGCCAAGACUGGUGAUACAAUAUUUCCAUGGAGCAAAGUGAAACCAUUCAUACGUCGUAAAAUGGAAACAGUUAUGGAAAGUUUUCAUCAAAAAUAUCCGCUAAAUGAAUCACAGAUUCGUGUUCCUAAUUGUGAUCCAUUCGAUUAUGAUGGCAUAAAGAAGAAUAUUUUACAAGGUAUGGAUUGGUUUUGUGCGGCUCCAUUUACCAUACAACGAAUAUGCGAAUUAUUAAUCGAACCAUAUCGUCAUUAUACACGAACUGAUAAAUUUAUGCGUGGUAUUGAAAAAAAUGUUCUUGUUGUUUCUACUAUACAACCUCAACCAAAUAAAUACUCGACGUCUGAAACAAUUGAAAAACAGCCUUCAUUUCGUGAUUUUUAUCCUCAUUUUUCUCUUUCAUCGUCAAUAUCGCCUCGAAGUCGUUCAUCAUCGAUCUCAUCAAUUUUAUCCAAUCGUAGCGGUAGUGGUGGAAAUAUUGGUCUAGUCGGUGGACUUACCUCAGGUCAUCCGUCACCACCGCCGGUCAUUUUGGCUAAUUCUUUAACAUCGUCCGCAUCAUCGUCAUCAUCAUCGUCUUCUUCGUCUUCAUCAUCGUCAUGUUCUUCAUCACCUGGAUCAACCUCUCCUUCACAAUCAUCAUUAACUUCAAUGCAAACGACUUCUACAGUUUCAAACAAUAUUACAAAUGGAUUCGAUCAUCUGGUUCAUCAUCAUUCUGUCACUAAUCACCAACAACAUCCACUUCAUACACAUCAACCAAAUGAAUCUACUUCUUAUGAAGCUCAAAGUCCAUAUUCAUUGGCACAUCUUUCCAAUUCAAAUGGUAGCCAAGCUACAUCAUCAUCAUCACCAUCAGCAUCGGCAUUUUAUGAUGCAACUUCCAGUUUAUCAUCGGAUCAACAACACAAUAGUAGUAACUAUGAACCGGGAACCAUUGAAACAAAUUCGAAUAGCACAGCUCCAUUACAGCAAUUGGACAGCUUUACCAGUGUAUUUGUAGCUUCUAGUUAUCUUACAUCGAAUAAUCAUCCAACUAGUACGCAAAUAAAUAAUCGAUCACCGCUGGUCACCGCUUCUACUCCGAACCGUGACUGGAAUAAUUCUCAACAAGAGCACAUUUCAUCUUCAUCAUCAUCAUCGUCGGAUGAAUCAUCUGCUGGUGAUGAAAACGAAAAUAUUGUCGUUGAUGAUGAUUUUGAUCAUAGUCAUCAUCAUCAUAGAAACCAGCACGAUGAUGAUGAGGAUGAUGAUGAUGUUAAGACGACCGAAGAACAUCAUGAUGAUGAUAAUUCACAAGUCUUUCAUAAUCGCUCUGUUGACAAUAUUUCUAAUGAUACAUCGGAUGAUUGUAGUCAAAGUAACUUGGAAUCUGCACACAAGAAAUCAGAAAAUGGUGACAGUCUUGAUUCAGAAUCUAAAUGCAAUGAAUCCAACAAUGAUGAUGAAAAUCACGAUAAUUCCAUUCCAAAAUCGAUUCCUGAACAAUCACCAAUCAAAGAUGAACAAAAACAAUCAACUACAGAUGAAGAAGCUAAUGAUGAUAAUAAGAAACAAGAAGAAGAAGAAGAAGAAAGCACGACAUUGAAAAUUGGUGAAAAAACCGAUGUCGAUACUGAUCAACUUGUUGAUAAUGAUGAGCUUGGUGAAGAAUCUAAUAAAAAAUUAAAACUUGAUCAAGAUCGAAUUGUUGAAGUAAAUCGACAAUUAGAACAAAAGGAUGAAGAGCCGGUUAUCUUACCUACCGAUAAUUCAAGCACCGAUAGUGUUUUAGAAGAAAAACCGAUUGAGCCAUUAGAAUUACCGAUGGAUAUGGUCCAAAAUCUAGCCAUUCCUUUGGCAAUCAAUGAAGACAUUGUUACGACAAACAUUACUGCAACAUCGAAUGUUUCUGAAGAUGAUCAAAUGUCUUCAAUGAUUGUUAUUGAACAAUCAAUGGAACAGGAAUCAAUUUCAAUGAAUAUGGAAAAAAUGGUCGAUGAAAAUAUGAUUGUUGUUGUUGGUAAUGAUCAACCAAUGAAUAAUGAUAUUGCAAAUCAACAACAAUCUUUACAAUCUGAUGAUCAAUUAAUGUCAGAACCUAUGGAACAAGAAUAAAUUCAUUUGAAUUUAAAUUGAACAAAAUAAGGUUUUAUGCAUUUUCUAUGAUUUAGCUAUUUCAUCUAAAUAACAUAAACGACGUAUGUGUAUCAUUUGGACAAACAAACAAACAAAAAAAAAUUUAUUUCAUUUUGACAUUUGUUUAAAUAAACUAUUUCUUUUUUU